AUGAAUAAGAAGAAACUAUUGAAUAGAAGAAUGCCAAAUUCAAUAGGUGGGUCUAUUGCUACAUAUUAUUUUCUGGCAUUUAUCAUUUUUUGGGUCAUGGGAGUAGGAGAUACUAAAGAUGAAAAUAUAUCGCCAAAUUUGCAUUUAAGGGAUAAUAUAUUUUGGGGUAUAAUAAAGAAUGAGCUUAUAACAAAUAGCUGGAUAAAUUUAAAUGUAAUACCAAAAGAAAUCACAGAAGGUAGUGACGGGAUCACAAUUGGGACGAUCAAUAUUUGUAGUUCAAAUAAAGUCAAGGUAAAAAAGCAAAUUUCUAUUAAAUGUAUAAAUAGGCUUCACAUACUGUUGGAUUAUACAAAUAAAAAAGAUAAAGGUUACUCAAUUAAAGUUAGAAAAGGAGUCAACUUUCGUGAAGCUUUAGCAAGGUUCUGCCUAGAUGUUACAAACAAAUAUUUGAAUAAAACAAGUAAGAUUUGUAAAGAUAAGGGAGCUAACGGAACUCCAAAUAAAGAAAGAAAGCCAGAUAAAGGUAGAAAAUUGAUAGAAAAAAAUAAAUUGAUUAACAAAAUUCCUAUAACCAAUAAGAAAUCAGAAUCAAACAAGGAUCUAAAUAAAGCAAAUGUGCUGAAAAUUAUACAAUCUGUGCUAUUCGACUACAAAGAUUCAUUAACACCAAGUAAACAAUUAAUAAGCCAAAUAAGAAAGCCAAAGCAAGGCGAGGUAUCCAAAAUGAUAGUGAGGAGAGAUUUAAAGAGUUUGGCAAUAUUACUUUCAAAUGAGAAACAAGAAGACGCAUUAUCGUUUAUCAAUGUACUAAUCAAUGGUAAUAACUCCGAAGAAAUUGAGAAUUUAACCUUUGAAGAUAUUGAAAAUAAACUGAAUUCAAAGUACAAUUUUUCUCAAAAUGACGAUAAAUCCAGGCCAUUUGGCUUUAUGCCGAGACCUGAAGAUGAAUGGAAUGCAGUUGUAAGUUGGAUUCAGGAAAAUACAAAUAAAAUACAAAGGUCAGGAAGCUGGAUGAUUAAAAAAACAUAUGGGAAAAAGGCACUGAAAUUCCCAGAAAAUUUUGUGGCAAGCAAAGGAGUUGAGACUGUUUUCAUUGAUAACUGUUUUAAAAGUUUAAGAAACAUGGCAUAUAAAGUCUUUGUUGCUCCAAAUGGAGACAAAUACUACAAAUACAAUAAAGAAAAUGAUUAUGGGUUAAUUAUUGAAGGUGUAAAUCAAAAUGAGAGGAUUUUUAACAUUAAAAACGCAUGCAAGGAGAUAUUUGAAAGAUAUUAUGAAUAUUUGGGAAUUCAAACAAGAAGGGAAGGCGAGGAAUAUAAAUUUAAAAUUAAAGGCAAACUCAAUUUCUUAUUACCAUUGAAACAUGAUCGCAUAUUCCUAAAUAAGCUUCUCAAGUCAUUUUACAAAUCAAUAAAUGAUAGAGAGAGAGAGUGGUAUGCAAUUGUAAAUGAGGCAAGAAUUUCCCCCCUUGUGAAUUCUCAAGACCUUUCUGAGGAAGUUAUUCCUUAUACCUUUGUUGAUGAGAAAAUAAGGAGAGAAUCAAACUUAGAGAAAAAAGAAAGUUUGCUUUCAGAUAUUUGCUUUAAAACCAUCAAUACUUUGAGAAAAGAAAGGAGUCAAGGUUCUUCUGAUAUACCUUUGUAUAAUAUUGAUGUUGGAUCCGAAAAUGAAGUAAGUAUAGCAAAGUUCUGCAAAGGGGUAUUUGAAAGAUUUAUACUGAGACAUAUAGAAUGGCUGAAAAUAAUAAUAAAAAGUAUCGAUAGUGAUCAUAUUAAAUUAAUUGACAUAAAUGAUCCGUAUUUGGAAAUUCCUGAAGUGUUUCUAUUCCCUGAAGAUGCAAGGUUGAGAGAAAACUGUAUUACUAGUCUAAUUGUGGUCUUCGAAAAAAACAUGCAGGCAAUUGAAAACGGAUAUCCUGUUAAAGUCUACCCACAAAUGGAUUAUUUGGGAGAACCAAGUGAUAUGAUUGAGAACAUAACAUUAUUUUGUGAAUCUUUAUCCGGUAAAGUUAUUCCAAAAGUUCAUAAAAGCAAAGUUACUGAAGAAACAGCACAAGAAACCGUUAGAAUUAUGAAUCCUGAAUCAAAAUUAAUUGAAUUAAUCAGAAAAAAUAUGGAGAGUAACUUAUUGUUAAACUUUGAAACCAAAAUUGAAAAUAGAAUUGACAAAAUCACACAAAACGAUUUGAACUCUAAUACAUUCAGACUUGAGAAUUGGAAGUCACAUUUUGAAGAGGUUUCAUCUCUUGAUUCACAUAUUGAAUCCAUGAUCAAUAUAUUAAAAGCACAGUUUAGUGAAUUUAUUGAUUACGAAGCUGGGUGUGAAAAAAAGAUUAGGCGAUAUAUAGGCCACAUUAAUUCGAAAUCAGAUGAAAUAACUGAUACUACUUGGCUGGAGAAUUAUCUAAUGGAGACUGAUAGGUUGAAGGGUGACUGGGCGACUGAAUUACAGUCCAUGGAGAAUUUACACAAAAGUAUGCUGGAGGCAGAGGGAGAAUUAGAAAGAUAUGUAAAUACAAUCAGAAGUGCCGUCUAUGGAGAUGAGAGGCAAAAAGAGAUGCCUCAAAUCCGUAAAAUACUGAAAGAGUGGCCAAAGGAGCUUAGUAAUAAAGAAAGAGUUUAUAUCAAACACAAAAUAGACAGCUUUUUAUCAAAGCAAAAGCAUGAAUCUAAUAUCGAAACUUUGAGAUAUGAACAAUUAGAGAGAAGAAAGGCCUUCAGAAUCAAUUUAAAAAAGUCUUUGUCGGAACAAACCCAGGAUAAGCCACUUUUCUUUGAUAUGGAAAACUGUUCUAAAGAUGAAGAUGAAGAUUUAGUCCCCAUUUACCCUGAUAGAGAGACAAAAGAAGAGGAACAAAUAAGAUAUGACAGACUAUCAAGCAUAGAAAGUGUACUAAGCGAUUACAGAAAUAGGUUUUCCUUAAUAAAUAGCAGUUUGAAUGAACAACUUGGAAAACUAGAGAGUUUCUUAGAUAAGGCACGGAAAAAUUUCCAAACAGCCUGGGCAGAGAGUUUUGAUACUGCACUUGCCUUACAGCUACAAAUUAGAACUAGAGCAUUAGUAGAAGAGUAUGUGAGAGCUUCAGAGCGUUAUUUAUUGAUCAAAAGGGUUAAAGCUGACUAUGAGUAUAGAAAGAGUAUUGUAAAUGAGUUUCAAGCAGAUCCAAGUUUUGAAGUGAUGUUAAAUAGAGCAUCUGAAAUGAUAGAAAGGGCAGAUGAAGAGGAGAGUGAGCUGGAAAAAGAACUUGAAAAUUUGCAUGAACAAAAAAACAAGCUGCAUUUAUUAGUAGAAGAAGAUAUGCAAAUGAUAUAUUCUCAGAGAUUAAAAGCAAUUCGAGAUUCGAAAGAGCUAAUAAGGGCCAAAAUCGAUCAUGAAAAGAAGCUGUUGAUGCUAGAAGAAAAAGUUUUUGAGGACCAGUUAAAAAGAGAUUUGGAGUAUUAUAAUAUCAAAGAAAUUUCAGAGGCAGCAAUUUAUAGAGCAGAACAAUUAAAAACAUUGUAUGAAGGAACAAAUUGGUUGUUAAAUUUCAAUGAAAAGUUGACCAUUUCAUCCGAGUCCCAAUUUAGAGAAGAUUUAGAAAAGUUAGAUUAUGUAAUACCAUUAAAAAAAUUUACAGAUCCAAAAGAUGAAAAUGAUGAAAGAUUUAAUUUAGAUAUUUUAAAAGCAAAUUUAAGAAGACAUAAAUACUCAUAUAAUGAAGGUUUUGAUCCAAAUGAUAUAGAAGAUCAACAAGAGCUGAAAAAAGAGGCAGGCGCAUUCUAUAAUGAUGACCAGACUCAAGGGCAAAUUCCACAAGCAGCUCAAACCCUUCUUAGAAUUUUUAAGGAAAAACUGGUUAUCAGAUUAAAUGAUAUUGAUGAAAUUAACCAACAAAUAUUGCAACUUAAUUUAAAUAUGGUGGGUUCUUUUCAGUAUUAUGAUUACAAUAGAGAAAUGGCAUACCAAUCUUUCAGAGAAUUAAAAUAUUCUAAGGGUGCAUCUAAUUUGUUUGCAAUAAUUUUGUCUCACUUCGAAUGGGAACAUAUCCAAUUGAGAUGGAGGGUACUCCAGCUCACAAAAAGUAUUUUAAAUAAAAAAGAAAGCAAGCUAAAUGAGAUUUCUGAGCUAAAAUCCUCUCUUGAUAAUAAGAUGAGAGAAUUUGAAGCUGUUCCUCUUUCUAGAAAAUUAGUCCCAAUUGGUACUUUUUCUUCCAUUGAUACAACAACAAAUGAAAUAUCAGGCUUUAGAAAGAGUGAAGAAGAUUCUCUUGAAUUAUUGCCAAGCAAUAUUCCAAGCUAUUUGCUCUCUGACGAAGACUUUAAUCAGGUGAGAAGUUAUGAUUUAGGGGCAAAAAAGAUUAUUUUGAAUAGGAUAUUGUUUACUUUAAGUGCAAAUGAAAGUAGGUAUGCGGAAUUCUUGAAAGAUACAAUAACUGAAAUUAACAAAAGGAAGAAAGUUGCUGAGCUUGAAAUACAAACAAUCAGAUCAGAUUUGGAUGAACUGAGGAGUACUUUUGGCUAUAAAAUGCUUUCGAAAGAAGACAGAGAUUUAGAAGAAGAAAAGUUCAAGAAAAAAAUUACUAAAAUAACAGAAUCAAAGAAUUUAGUACCUUUAUUGGCAAAGAAGGAAAUAUUAAUCCGGAAAUCAGAAAAGAUCGAUUUGUUUAGGAAUAAAGUUCAAAAUCUAUUUCAAGAUCCAAGCUUCACAUCUGAGCAGGCGAGAACACUUGAAAAUGCAAUCAAUGAGUUCUUCGGAACUAAAUCAGCUAGAUUUGAUGAGAUAAAUCCAAGAAUCAAACUUGCAGAGGAAAUCAAUAAACUGCGAUGUGCAGAGGAGGAAAUCACAGAAUUAGAAAAAUCUACAAAUAGUAAUGGUCAGAAACAGGAAAAUUACGCUAAAUUUCAUAAACUCAAGAUAAGAAUUGUUGAAAUCAAGGAGAAUAUUUCUAAGUUAAAUGAAGAAAUCAAUUCAAUAAAUGAAUAUAUACAAGAAUUCCAAGAUAAACAUUUUAGCAAGGUUUUUGAAACUAAUUAG